AUGCAUCUACGUCCCGAUCAUGCAGUCCGAGACCUCCCAACCCUCCACGCCUUCAUCAAACAACACCCACUAGGCGUCCUCACCACUUCCCUCCCUUCGGAGAAUCACCCGACACUCCAAUGCAGCCAUAUCCCCUGGGUAUUGGACAGUGAAACAACCGUCGAACCCGAGUUAGAAAAGGAAGCAAAAGUAGCCGAUGACAACAUCUCCGCACCGCCACAUCCCUCCAUGGGAGUUCUCCGCGGCCACAUCGCGCGCCAAAACCCGCAAAGCAAAGCGAUGGUAGAAUCUGCCUCGGAAUACAGCACCAAAACAACUAGUAUCCCGGGCGCAUUUCCCAUAACAAGUUCUGCAGAAGAACCAACGAUAUCCACAGGCCACAGUCUCCCUGGUGAGGUCUUAAUCGUCUUCACCAGUCCAGUAGACCACUACAUCACCCCGAACUUCUACACAGAGUCCAAACCCGCCACGGGGAGGGUCGCUCCAACGUGGAAUUACGCCGCGGUGCAGGUCUACGGUCGGGCGACUAUCUACCACGACACGAGGGACGAGCAAACAGAGCUGUUUCUACGACAGCAGCUGGGUGAUUUAGCUCGGUUGGGAGAGCAAGGAGAGAGGUGGAAGUGGAACUGGGAAUGGGGAUGGGGAUCCGCCCCAAACCAGAACCGGUACCAAACCCGGAGCCCAGAUCUAGAGCUGAAUCAGGGGGUGGAGAUGGCGGCGACCGGAGCUAGCACGGCAUUGCCGACGCCGAGGCCGACACCUUGGAAAAUUGCCGAUGCGCCCCUGGAGUACAUUGCUGCGCUUUUGAAGAAUAUUGUCGGGAUGAAGAUUGAGAUCACUCGGAUUGAGGGCCGGUUUAAGGUUAGUCAGGAACGGCCGGUUAAUGAUCGUGGUGGUGUUGUUGAGGGGUUGGAGAGGAUGGGUGGAACGGCGAGGGAUAUGGCGGAGUUUGUGAGGAGAGGGAAGGUUUUGCCUGAGCAGUGA